AUGUCCUCCCCAAACCACACUCUAGGCACGGCAUUCACUCUCAUGGGACUGACAGAUGACCCAGUGCUGGAGAAGGUCCUGUUUGGGGUGUUUCUGGUGGUCUAUCUACUCACACUGGCAGGAAACCUGUGCAUGAUUGUGCUGAUCAGCACCAGUCCCCACCUGCACUCUCCCAUGUACUUCUUCCUUGGCCACCUCUCCUUUGUAGACAUCUGCUAUUCCUCCAACAUCACUCCCAACAUGCUACAUGAUUUCCUCUCAGAGGACAAGACCAUUUCCUAUGCUGGGUGCUUCACUCAGUGUCUCCUCUUCAUUGCGCUGGUGAUCACUGAGAUUUACCUCCUUGCUUCCAUGGCCCUGGACCGCUAUGUGGCCAUCUGCAGCCCUCUGCAUUACAGCUCCAGGAUGUCCAGGAACGUCUGCAUCUCCCUGGUCACCUUCCCUUAUGUGUCUGGCUUCCUUCAUGGGUUGUCUCAGGCACUGCUGACUUUCCACCUGUCCUUCUGUGGCUCCCUGGAGAUCAACCACUUCUACUGUGCAGAUCCUCCCCUGCUCCUGCUGGCCUGCUCUGACACCCACAUCAAGAAGAUGGCCAUGAAAAUGUCCUCACCAAACCACACUGUGGGGAUGGCAUUCAUUCUCUUGGGACUGACAGAUGACCCAGUGCUGGAGAAGGUCCUCUUUGGGGUGUUUCUGGUGGUCUACCUACUCACACUGGCAGGAAACCUGUGCAUGACUGCGCUGAUCAGCACCAGUCCCCACCUGCACACUCCCAUGUACUUCUUCCUUGGCCACCUCUCCUUUGUAGACAUCUGCUAUUCCUCCAACAUCACUCCCAACAUGCUGUAUGAUUUCCUCUCAAAGGACAAGACCAUUUCCUAUGCUGGGUGCUUCACUCAGUGUCUCCUCUUCAUUGCGCUUGUGAUCACUGAGUUUUACCUCCUUGCUUCCAUGGCCCUGGACCGCUAUGUGGCCAUCUGCAGCCUUCUGCAUUACAGCUCCAGGAUGUCCAGGAACAUCUGCAUCUCCCUGGUCACCUUCCCUUAUGUGUCUGGCUCCCUUCAUGGGCUGUCUCAGGCACUGCUGACUUUCCACCUGUCCUUCUGUGGCUCCCUGGAGAUCAACCACUUCUACUGUGCAGAUCCUCCCCUGCUCCUGCUGGCCUGCUCUGACACCCACAUCAAGAAGAUGGCCAUGUUUGUGGUGGCUGGCUUCACUCUCUCCAGCUCGCUCUCAGUCAUUCUCCUGUCCUACCUCUUCAUUUUUGCAGCCAUCCUGAGGAUCCGUUCUACUGAAGGCAGGCGCAAAGCCUUCUCCACUUGUGGCUCCCACCUGACUACAGUCACCAUAUUUUAUGGGACACUUUUCUGCAUGUACUUAAGGUCCCCCUCAGAGAAGUCUGUAGAAGAGUCCAAAGUCAUUGCAGUUUUCUAUGCUUUCUUGAGCCCCAUGCUGAACCCGCUGAUCUACAGCCUCAGGAACAAGGAUGUCAUCUGUGCCAUGCAAGGUGUGAUCAAGGGAAAUUUCUUUCAGAAAAUAUCACUUUAG